GCAGAGGAUUCCGAUUUCGUGGUAAGCAAGGCUGUUAGGCAGACUUUCGACAAUCUUCCUUGAUUUCGUUUGAAUCCUUCGAGGUAUCAAAUCAAUCAUCCAACUCCACGUAUUUGUAGUAGAUUAUACCUACUUUCAUGUGGUAUAAGCCUCUGGACUCAACUCGCAGUCUUCCUUCUCGAAUUUAGCUCCAAAGUAGGCUUCAUAAACUCAGUUUUACACUUAGUCAAAUCCUGGCGGUUUCCCUAAAUUGAGGAGGCAUCUUGAUGAGCUUGGGAAGUGAACUUCCUGGCCUCUCCUCGAUCUCCCAUGUAGUCCAUUGUGUAGAGGGAUACUCUAAGUUCAAAACAAGCAUUUAAUCUCCAAUUUCCAUCAAGCCAAUUGUGCGAAAUAGCUUCCUAAAACAGAACCCUUGACCAAAUUUGAGGGUUCUUGUUAGUUGGUGAGAUUGCUUCUUGACCAAGCAAUAAAAACUUUUAGAAUGAACCAAUUAGGAUAAUAUCAACGACCCUUCUCUUCAAAAAGCUUUGCCCUUCCUCUCCUUGAACCUGGCACAAAAUUGAUCCCAGAUUAGAUCAAAAUUGGGCUUUACAAAUUGCUUGUCCUGCAAAAUUAGGUCAUACUUGUUCUCAUGGAAGAAAUCGAGGCUUUUGAAUUGAAGUAUUCCCAGUACAAUUCAUGGAUUCCAUAAGAUUCGUCAUGAUUUGAAUUGUAAUUCUCAACCAGUCUCAUGCUUUGAAUCAUCACCAAUGGCGUCGAAUCGUCCAUCUUUCUUUUCCCGCCAUUGUGAAACUUUAAAUUUACGGAACCCAGAAAUUCCAAUCCGAAAUUGGGCAUUUUUUAUUCAGGUAUCUCUGGGUUAAUUCGGUUGAUCCUAGAGCAUCCUGGGACUUCCCUUGAUGAUUCUGCAAGAGCCACUUUGGUCAAAUCAUCCCCGAUUGCUCCAACCAGUUCACUCUAUUUUUCCCCGUGCUAGGCCAAUUUCAGAGGAGUUUUUGCUCGAAUUGGAUCCAUCAAUUAAGCUGGAUUCAGAUCAAUCUAAGCAAGGAAAACAUUCUUGGAGCCUUCUGGAAGGUGUUGGCGUCGCUGUUUUGGUUCGACUCUUGCUCUAGAGUUCCCCCAAUUCAUUCUGUCUCCUGCUCUACUUCGGCGAGAUGGUACAGAGCUGUUGACAACGAUGGACCUUAUGUUUCUUGUAUCCAGUUAGCAUGAAUCGUCGAGCCACAAAACUAGAUUCUUUGGGUUCCUCCGCAUGUAUCCCACUAGAUUCCCCCUUUUUUCUUUGUCAACUUGACUCUAUUUGUUGUUGAUCCUCUUGAACUUCGGCCGGCGACAAUGGUUUAAGUAGAAAACUCUAACCAUGAUGCUUAAACUUGUAGCAGUUUGUACCUCCGUAAUGACAAACCCCACGAUCAAACUACCAAGGACUUCCAAGCAAUAAAUGAUCAGCUUGCAUUGGUUCCACAUUGAAUUGAAGCUCAUCUUUGUACUUGACCACUGAAAACUUGAUUCGAGCUUGCUUAUUUACCUUAAUGGCACAAUAGUCAUUCAACCAAUGCAGGUUAUUGGGAUAUGGAUGCUUGCUAGUGCACAUACAUAGCUUCUUGACCACCUCAUUGCUCACAACAUUGGUACAACUCCCUCACUGGAUGACAAGUGAAAGCAAUUCACCAUUGACAGUGCAGCGGGAAUGAAACAAGUUAUCACUCUGCUCAGAAUUGGAAAGAGUUUCAAUGGUGAGGGCUCUUCUGUUUACUCCGAUGAGUUUACCUGGGGGAGGAGGAGUUUCUACUUUGAGCUCUUCAUCCACUUCCCCGUCAUCAGACAAGCAUUUCUUCUCAUCAGAAACGUAUUCCCCAUCUCCAAUCACCAAGGUCUUCAGAUUUGGGAAUUGAUUUGCCUUAUGGCCCCUUCCAUGACAUUUGAAGCAUUGAAUGCCUCCUGUCCGUUCUGCCAACAGAGACUGUCACAGCUAAUUGUUGUGUUAGUCCAGCAACUGCGGUUAGUGAUUCAAUUGUCGUAGCUCGAGGGGCAUUCUUGGCAGCCAACUUGUUAGUGUUAGGCCGUGAUUGAGGAGGAUAAGAGUCAACUACCGGUUCUGGCGCAAGUUUGGUUACCAGAGCGUACCUUCUACUCGUCGUCGCUUUCUGCUAUUUUUUUUAUCUUGACGGUUAGGUGCACUACUUCUUCCAGAUCGAUAAACGAUCUCAAGUUGACUUCAUGUCGGAUUUCACAGUUUAGACCAUGGAGAAAUCGUGAAAUUGUUGCUCCCUGUCUUCACAAACAUCGGCCCUCAUUAUGAGCAAUUCCAUCUCUCGGAAAUAUUCUUCCACACUCCACGAUCCCUAUCGAGUUCCUUGCAGAGAUUCAUGUAACUCGCACUGGUAAUAAGCGAGAAUGAACAUGUCCCUCAUCAAUCCGCGCAAUUCUGACCACGUUGUAAUCUCUGGUUGCAAAUUUCUUUGUCGCCAGAGACGUGCUUGUUCCCACCAUUGAGUAGCAUAGUAAAAAAAUUUGUAGGAAGCUAAGGCUACCUUCUGUUGCUUGCUGUAAUUUCCACACUGUAAGAGAAGGAUUAACUUCCUCUCCCAAUCCAAGAAGGUUGCUUCAUUAGUCGUGUCCUGAAACGCCAGAAUUGAUAAUUUAAUUCCCAGUGGGAUUGUCGGCUCUGCUUCAGGCUGUCGCUCUCGUCAUUCGUGAUGUCGUCUGCCUUGCUCAGGGUUGUCAAGCACCAACCUCUGUUCGAUUUCUUUAUUCGAGCCACUAGCUCUCGAUUGACAGUGUUGGAUUCGCAAUGAACUUGUUCCCCGGCCUGAGCUCGUCGUCCCCUGUCGUGCUUUGCUACAUCCUCCGAUGGAGAAGGGUGAUUGACUCUAAAUUGAAGCUCGGCCAAUUGCCUGAUCAAAAUUAUCCUGAAAAACUGCUACAAGGCCGCCAUCGUAACGGGUUGUUGUUAAUCCAUAGUUGCUUGCUUUUUCUUCUUCUUCUAUUCCGAGAGAAGAACCUCACGGUCACCGGAAACAGGGCCCUUCGACCUUGUUCAACACAUAGUUCUGGCAAUGCUUCCUCCGUCGAAGUCGUCUUCCUUGCCACUAUGUUUGAACCAUGCUUUGAUACCACUUGAUGAGCCCUAGAUGGGUCUCUUUGAUUAGAAUUACUCAGCCACGAGUUGAAUUGAACUCAACUCGAACCUCGUACAAGAACAUGGUCGUUUAAGAAGGGUUUUCGAUGGAACUUUUCGUGCAAUCUUACACUAGGAAGAAGGCUGGAAAGAUAUAGGUAGAAGCUGACCACGAUAGGUGUUUACUUGAUCGAUACAAGCACACAAGUCGCCUAGAAUCCACCAAGAAACUCAAGCAAUUCACGAAGCAAAAGCUCAAUGAACCAAAACUCACGUUUGUAUUCAAUAAUCAAUAAUCUAACUAUUACAAUGCAAUUGAAAGACUUAAAUAGAGCUAGGCUAGGUAAACAAACUAAUACGAGAGUUUUAAACACAAACUCGGAAUCAAAGUGCCAAAACAGAAAAGGCUAAGUAAUGCUAAUCCGCAGAGGAUUCGGAUUUCGUGGUAAGCAAGGCAGUUAGGCAGACUUUCGACGAUCUUGCUUGCUUUCGUUUGAAGCCUUCGAGGUAUCAAAUCAAUCAUCCAACUCCACGUCUUUGUAGUUGAUUAUACCUACUUUUCAUGUGAUGUAAGCCUCUGGACUCGACUAACAAUCUUCCUUCUCAAAUUGAGCUCCAAAGUAGUAUUCAUGAGCUUGGUUUUACACUUAGUCAAAUUCUGACAGUUCCCUGAGUUGAGGAGGCAUCUUGAUGAGCUUGGGAAGUGACCUUCUUGUCCUCUCCUUGAUCUCCCACAUAGUCCAUUGUGUAGAGUGAUACUCUUGGUUCAAAACAAGCCUUUAAUCUCCCAUUUUCAUGUAUGUUAUAGAGCUCAAGGUGAUUGCCUUUGCUCCAAGAAUGGCGAAAAUGAAGGGUCUAAGACUAG